AUGGUUAUAAAGAGUGGCUUCCUUCUUCAACUUCUCUUUCUAAUCCUUCGGUCAGGCUUUUCAUACCUUGACACCAUUAAACUAGGCUACUGCUCUGGCAGUACCAGAGUAGGUUGCAUAGAAAUUGAGAGGAAAGCACUUCUCAAGUUCAAAGAAGGUCUCACGGAUCAUUCACGGCGACUCUCUUCUUGGGCUGGAGAAGAUUGUUGCCAAUGGAGAGGAGUGAGCUGCAACAACAGCACUGGACAUGUCGUGAAGCUCAAACUCGACAACCCAUUUCCAAAUAGUUUUGACGGUGAUGGAACAGCUGUUUACCAACUGGGCAGUGAGAUCAAUCCUUCUUUGCUUGAUUUGAAAUAUUUGAAUUACCUAGACUUGAGCAAGAACAACUUUGGAGGAAUCCAAAUUCCUGACUUCAUUGGAUCACUUGCUGAGUUGAGAUAUCCCAAUCUUUCCAGUGCAUCCUUUGGCGGGACAAUCCCUCCAGUCUUGGCAACCUUUCAAACUUGUGCCAUCUGGAUCUCAAUUCAGAUUUUGUUGAAUCAAUUGAGAACAACCUUCAUUGGCUACAAAGUCUUUCAUCUUUGGAGUACCUUAACAUGGGAGGUGUGUACCUUCACAAAGCAAGCAUCUUAUUGGCUUCAAACUGUCAAUAUGCUUCCUUCUCUUUCCGAGUUGCACCUGCCCCAAUGUCGGCUUUCCCAACUUCCAUUCUCCCUACCCUUUGUUCCUCUCACAUCCCUUUUGGAGCUCGACCUCUCCAACAAUGAAUUCAACUCCACAAUACCCCACUGGACAUUCAAUCUUAGUAGCCUUUCAAGUCUUGAUCUCCAGUCCAACAACCUUUAUGGUGAGCUUCCAGAUGAAUUUGCCAAGUUAACUUUCCUCCAAAGCCUUGAUUUGUCCCAAAAAUCUUACAUCGGAGGUAAGUUGUCAAAAAGCAUGGGAAAUCCCUGCAAUUUGAAGACAUUGAAGCUUUCUGUCAAUAAUAUCACUAAUGAGAUCGCUAAAUUCACCGAUUGUUUAUCUCAAUGCACCAAAAGAAGUUUAGAAACAUUGGAUUUGGGAUACAAGAAGUUGACCGGCCAUUUGUCCGAUUCAUUAGGCCAUCUAAGCAAGUUAAGAUUUCGAUUCCAAAAUCCAUAG